AUGAGCGGGGGCCGGGCCAUGGCCCCAGGCGCGGGCGCAACCUUGGCGGUGAGCGCCGCGGUCGGUGCCCCCGCGGCCCGGGCGGCCCUGCGGCUGGCGGGUGGCUUGCUGGCGGCGGUGGUGGCGGCCUCCACCACCUGCCCAGCCUUCGCGUGCCACCAGCCCGCCUGGGCGCCCACGCCGCCGCACCCGCCGCCGCCGCCUCCAGCCUUGGGCGCGGAGGCCGCGGCGGCCGCGGUGGUGGAGGGGCUCGCGCCGCGGCUGGCCAACGCCCCCCCGGCACCUGCCACCUGCCCUUCGGCGGAGGCAGUGGCGCUGCUGGAGCGGCCGCCGCCCGCGGGCCCUGCUGGCGCCCCCGGGGCGGAGCCGCCCUCCGAGGCCGGCCCGGCCCUGACGCCAGAGACCUCUCCAGGCGUGGUGCUGGCGUGGGGGCUCGCCGUGAGUGAGCUCGCAUCCUGGUGGGCUGCUGCUGCGCUGCGACCGCCCGUCGCCAUGCUGGUCGGACAGUCCUGCGGGCGGACGGCGCAAGCGCCGAGGUAG